AUGGCUUCUUCAAGCUUCUUGGAGAGAUUUAAAAAUAAAACACAAACUCUAGGAAGAACAGGUGAAAUCGGAACUGGUGAGUCUAAAGCUGUAUCAAAAUUGCCUGAGUUUAUAGAUCGCUUACAGUCAACUUCAUCUUUUUCUCCAUAUCGUCAACAAAACAAUUCUAUUCACGCGAAGUUAAAACUUCCCAAAUUGGAGAGUAAAGAAACUCUUGAAAACUCCAAAACCCCAAGACCAAUUAUAAAGCCUUCACCAGAGGCUACAUCUCGGAUUUUAACUGAUAUUUAUCAAGAAAACAGUAAAAGUCCUCUGAAAAGAAGGAUAAAGAAUAAAAGCAUGGAACGACUGCCUGAAGCAAAUUCUAAAGGCAUAGUAAGCUUAAAAUCAAAAAUGGAUAAAAUGAAAUUUUCAAUAAAUCAAAAUAGAAAUGAUAAUACUCAUUUCACAGACAGGAGUUAUCAAAGUAAAUAAAUAAAUAAAUAAAGAGUUUAGUUUAUCCCUACCCUAAAGUUACCACCAAAUCAGCACCAUCAGCACCAGCAGCGCCAUUAGCACCAUCAGCACCAUCAGCACAUCAGCAUCACGCCAAGCAUCUUCCACUCAGCACAAACCAACUCAUUUCCAGCUAAAUUAAAUUCUCAUCACUAUGUUUCCAUCUUUUCUGGUGACGUCCUCAAAAAUGGUGACGUCACCAUCUACAGGGGAGACCCUUAUUCCUUUAGCUCCGGACCUAGCGGCCACGGGUUCCUACUCCAGAGGGGUAUUGGCUCUGGAGAUGAUGUUCCGCGCCUUCUUCACGCCCAUGCUCCACACGAGGCAUCCUCACUUCCUUCUCGCCGUGAAGUCCGUCCAAAAUUGCUGCUGCACACCUCAAGGGCCUAGGGAAAGGCCCAAUUUUGUUAGCAAAACUCACCCCCUGACACUUCCUUGCUCCAUGCCUCCAGGUGACGCCUUUUUGUUUUGGCGUCACCUGGACAAAAAAAAUGUCUUAUCAAAGUAAGGAAAAGGUGCUUCCACCUAUUUAUAGAUAUCAAUCUGAAACUCGAAGAGUUGAUCAUUCAUUUUUAAAGCCUCCAAUUUAUUCUUCUUUUGGGAGGCAAUAA